CGUUCUGUUUUGGAACCUUCGGCGUUCAGAGGCGUUGCGCAAUGAGCGAGGAGGAGGAAGAGGGCGGAGGGGGGAGUCCGAAGAGACUCUACCCAGCGCUGCCGGUUUGGGUGGUGGAGGACCAUCACGACGUUCUCCCUUUCAUUUACCGAGGCAUUGGUUCGAAGCACCUUCCAGCCUGCAACAUCAGCUUUGUCCAUUUGGAUUCUCACCCAGAUCUUCUCAUCCCUGUGAAUAUGCCUGCAGACACAGUGUUUGACAAAGAAGCUCUGUUUAGUGAGCUAAGUAUUGAAAACUGGAUCAUGCCUGCUGUUUAUGCUGGCCAUUUUUCACAUGUGAUAUGGUUACAUCCAGUGUGGGCUCAACAAAUUGAAGAAGGGACCCAUCAUUUUUUAGUGGGUAAAGACACUUCCACCACGACAAUCAGGGUCACAAGCUCUGACAAUUAUUUCCUUUCUGACGGGCUCUAUGUCCCUGCUGAUCAGCUUGAAAAUGAGAAGUCUUUGCAUCUGAGUGUCCGCCUGGUGAAUCCGUCCAGAUCUUCUGACAGCCAGGAAGAAAAUCAUCCUCUGUCGUCGGCAAAGAAGCUCAAGUUGAGUGAACCCAGUGCAGCAAACGCCAACGUUGCCUCAUCAUCAAAGGAAGAUGGGUUCCCCCUUGCCCCCAGCUGUCCAGAUGUGGAGGCAGAAGGCUUGGAAAAAACAAGGCCUGGCCAUGAGAAAACUGUGGAUGUUCAGGAUCCUUCUGCAUCCUGUUCCUUUGGGAAUCACACUUGCCAGACGACGGAGCUGGUCAAAGACAUUCUCCAAGUGUUGCAAAAAGGCAGUGCUUUUGUUUUAGACAUUGACUUGGAUUUCUUUUCCGUGAAGAACCCUUUUAAAGAAAUAUACACUCAGGAAGAAUACAAGAUUUUGCAAGAAUUGUAUAGUUUUAAGAAGCCUAACAGCAAUUCAUCAGAGGAAGACUUGCUUGACUGUGUUGAGAAUCGCAUCCGCCAGCUGGAGGAUCUGGAGGCAGCUUUUGCAGAUUUGUGUGACGACGACAGCGAAGAGAACUUGCAAAGAUGGGCUGCACAUCCUGGGAUGAAAAAUCUACUUCAGCUGGUGCAUAGUUUGAAAAAUCGAAUGGGAACCCCUGACUAUGAGAUGGUCCAUCAAGCUGGACUUACAUGUGACUAUUCAGAGAUUCCUCAUCAUGUUAGCACUGAAAAAGAGAUAGAUGGUCUUGUACAGUCUGUAAAGCAUGUCUUGAGAAACCUGCCAAAACCAACACUUGUGACAAUAGCCCGAUCCAGCUUGGAUGAUUAUUGUCCUGUAGAACAAGUUGACCUCAUACAAGAAAAGGUUCUGGACGUGCUGCGCUUGACAUAUGGCACCCUGGAUGUUCAUUUAGAAUACCUUGAGAAUCCGUGUCCUUCUGGAACUGAAUCUUCUUCCACAGCCUGAUUGUUGUGCUGUAGUUGUGGAAGCAAAAACUCAAUUUGACAAAAGUAGCUUUGUUCUUUACAGAAAGGUAUCCUAUAAAUGCAAAGGUCCCAUCUAAAGAUUAGCUUUUCAUGAUAUUUGCUGAAUGAGGCGCAUCAUCCAGAUUCCUUUUUUUAAAAUCACCACUAUUGUUACUUUGGUUUUUCUUUUGUAGGUUUGCUUAUAGGAAGAAGUGAGGAAACCUGAGAAAUAGAUCUUCUUGUGUUCCUAGUUUCUUGCAACAAACUGAGCCGGGCAAUCUUUGGAGGGAGUAGGAGAUCUUAUUUUACUCUGUGACCGUUGAAUUGCUUUCUUCAUUGUUUCUAGUUGGAAAGUAUUGUUUAAUUGCAUUUUACUUUAAAACAGUGGCUAAUUCUG